AAAUAAAUAGAAAGCUAAAACGGACGAUCCGAAGAAAAGAGAAACCCGUUCUCUCUAUCACUGCUUUCUCUCUCUAAAACCCUCUCCCUCUCUCUCUACAUAUCUUCUCCUUGCAGACUCGCUCGCGAUCUUCCAGUUUAUUUGCUCAAUGGACACCAUUUAGAGCUCAAAACCCAUCAGACCCGUGUUUGGAAAAAUAAAAAUAUUUAACAAGCAGUGAAGAACCAGAGUGUCUAGGAGGUCUUUUUUUCAAUCAUGGCAGUGGUGGAAAAUGCUGCGAUUAACUCGGUGACGUCAUCGAAUCCGGAUGCCCAACAGAACAACGUCGCCGGGGAUCAUCCUCACCACCAGCAGUCGACAAAAGCAGCCGGUAAUAACCAAAAGUCAACUAAGCCCACCGAUCAGAAUUUCCACCUGACGCAGCAGAAGAUUUCCAACGGCCAUCAUCAGCUGCAGCAGCACCCCAUCAACGGGAACGGGGUACCGCUUGAAAAGAAAAUGGAUGGGGACGAUGAUGGAGGGGAGGGGUUUAAGAGGGAGAUGAGAGAUUUAGAGGAAAUGCUUUCGAAGUUGAACCCGAUGGCCGAGGAAUUUGUGCCGCCGUCUCUCGCCGCCCUUGGCGGUGGCGGGCAGCACAGGUUGUUGGUGGCGUCUCCACAUGCUGCUGCUGUCGCAGCAGCCUCUGCUGGGCAUUUUGGGUAUAAUGCUAAUGGUUUUGUAAUGCAGCAGCAUCUUAACACAGGAGUUUCAACUGGGAAUUCUUUCAGAAGGAAGAAAAAUGGCUUCACUAAUGGAAAGCGGAGGAUGAAUAGCCGAACAAGCAUGGCUCAAAGAGAAGACGUGAUUAGGAGGACGGUGUAUGUUUCUGACAUUGAUCAUCAGGUUACUGAAGAGCAACUUGCAGCACUUUUUAUUAGUUGUGGACAGGUUGUGGAUUGCCGUGUUUGUGGCGACCCCAAUUCUGUUCUUCGUUUUGCCUUCAUUGAGUUCACUGAUGAGGAAGGGGCAAGGAAUGCUUUGAGUUUGGCAGGGACUAUGCUUGGGUAUUAUCCCGUCAGAGUGCUGCCUUCCAAAACUGCUAUUGCACCUGUUAAUCCAACAUUCUUGCCUAGGUCUGAGGAUGAAAGGGAGAUGUGCGCAAGAACUAUUUAUUGUACAAACAUUGAUAAAAAGGUCACUCAGGCAGACGUCAAGCUCUUCUUUGAGUCUAUUUGUGGAGAGGUUCAUCGUUUGAGGUUACUUGGUGACUACCAUCACUCAACUCGUAUAGCUUUCGUGGAAUUCGUAAUGGCUGAGAGUGCAAUAGCGGCUCUGAACUGCAGUGGUGCAGUCUUAGGAUCACUACCUAUAAGGGUAAGCCCAUCAAAGACCCCUGUCCGACCCCGUGCGCCCCGCCAAUCUAUGAACUGAAAUGGAGUCUCUGUCGAACUGAUCUUCCAUGAACGUCUAUAUAUAUAUAUACAUAGAAACUGCUAUUUUUAAGAGUACAUGGCAUCUAUGUUUUUCAUUUUUUUCCUGUGUUGGUGUCUCUGCUGGUCUUUUCACCUGCAUCAGAUGUUAAUGGUCGCCCAUUAAGCUUGUAGAGUAUGACCAUUUUCGAGGCUUAACGUGGCUUAAUUAUGCUGCACAUUAUGUCGAGCUUAGUAGGCAGUUGCCUCAAGGUAGUAGUACUGUUUCAUGUUUCUGACUUCAAAGUUGAAGGAGAACUAUUUCAGAAAUUAAUCAUGUUCGUUUGUGUUUCAUUGAA